AUGGAGGCAAGGCUUCUGGAGCGAGGAAAGACAAGUGGCCGUGCAGAUGACAACAUCGAGUCCAUUCGGAAAAGGUUCCUGACCUUCCACCAGGAGUCGAGACCGGUGGUGGAGAGGUUCCAAGCAGAUGGCCGUGUCGUCAGGAUAGAUGCCGAGCAACACCGAGAUGACGUAUGGCGAGACGUCCAGGCACUCUUCGGUCCAAGUGUCGUCUUCGUCUUGGGUGGCCCUGGUUCCGGAAAGGGCACGCAGUGCACGAAGAUAGCCGAAAGCUUCGGCUAUGUGCACCUCAGCGCAGGUGACCUACUUCGAGAGGAAAGGGCUCGCGAAGGUUCGGAGUACGGUGAGCUGAUCAACUCCUACAUCAAGGAGGGAAAGCUAGUUCCAGUGGAGAUUACAAUCGAGCUGAUCAAGCAGGCUGAUGCUAUGGUGAAGUUUGGCUGGGAGGGUGGAAGGUACUUGAUUGACGGGUUUCCCAGAAGUUUCGACAACUUGAAAGGCGUGUCCGAAGCAACGGUGUGCCCAGAGUUUCUUACUCAUUAA